UAUUUACAAAAUCAGAAACCAAGACAUUAUGAUCAUCACAAACAAAAAAAUCAUGGGUUGUUCUAAUCUACUUUUCUUCUUAAUCUACUUGUUUUCUCUCUCAAACUUACUGAUCAUACAACACAUAACUGCAAAACCAGAUUAUGUUUACCGUUUCUGUUUAGGAAGUAAUUAUACUACUAACAGUACAUUUCGAAAGAACCUCAAUAUUCUUCUACCUUCUAUCUCAUUAACCUCAAUAAUACGAAAUGGAUACUAUAACGCCACUGCCGGGAGAAACCCGGAUACGGUCUACGGUUCUUUACAGUGUAGAGGUGAUAUUACAUCACAGGAUUGUCAAAUUUGUGCUGAAACUGCAGCUAAAGAUAUCAUUACAGAAGAGAGAUGCCCAAAUUCUAAACAAGCCAUCAUUUGGUAUGAUGUAUGUAUGUUAAGGUAUUCAAAUCAAUAUUACUUCAAUCUAAUGCUAGAUACUCCAGGAGUUUAUUUAUGGAAUCUCAACAACGUUACCGAUCCGAAUAAGUUUAAUCCAAUUUUAGGUGAUUUAAUGAACGGUUUAGUAAGUAAAGCUACUUCAAAUGAUUCUUUAAAUUUUGCUACCGGCGAUACGAGUUUUAGUGAUUUCCAAAGAGUAUACGGGUUAGUACAAUGUACUGUUGAUAUAUCUUCGAGUGAGUGCAAUCGAUGUCUCAUUGGAGCUAUCUCUGAAUUACCCAAUUGCUGCGGUGGGAAACAAGGUGGAAGAGUUAUUAGACCUAGCUGUAAUUUAAGAUAUGAAAUAUAUCCUUUUGCUGAAUCUACGGUUCCUCCGUCUCCACCUCCACCUCCACUGUCUCCUUCUCCUUCUCAGCCAUCAUCCACGAAUACAAGUACAACUACACCAAACUCAAAGAGAAAUUCAUCCAUACUAGCUCUUAGUAUAGUCAUUCCUUCUGUUAUCGCAGUACUUUCCACCAUUGCCUUUUGGUUUUUCUGUGUUCGAAGAAAGAGAGCAAAGACACAGAAGUUUGACGAUGUCGAUGCUGAGAUGCGAAGUACAGAUAUGCAAUUCAAUUUGUGCACAAUAAGUGCCGCAACAAACAACUUCUCCGAAGCUAAUAAACUUGGAGAAGGUGGAUUUGGGUCUGUUUACAAGGGUACACUUUCUGACAGACAAGAUAUAGCCGUAAAAAGACUGUCAAAAAAUUCAGGCCAAGGCGAACAAGAGUUCAAGAAUGAAGUUACCUUAGUAGCUAAACUUCAGCACAGAAAUCUUGUCAGGCUUCUAGGCUUCUGUAUCUAUGGUGAAGAAAAAUUACUCAUCUAUGAAUUCAUGCCGAAUGCAAGCCUUGACAAAUUCCUUUUCGAUCCGAAUAAGUGUACACUUCUGGAUUGGGAAAGACGAUACAAGAUAAUAGGAGGGAUAGCUAGAGGCCUCCUCUAUCUUCAUGAGGAGUCUCGACUCAAAAUUAUUCAUCGAGAUCUUAAAGCUAGCAAUAUACUAUUAGAUAUAGACAUGAAUCCUAAAAUUGCAGACUUCGGCAUGGCUAGGCUUUUUGUGCUUGACCAAACGCAAGCUAAUACAAGUAGAGUAGUUGGAACCUAUGGCUACAUGGCUCCAGAGUAUGCAAUGCAUGGACAAUUCUCCGUGAAAUCAGACGUGUUUAGUUUUGGUGUUUUAGUUUUAGAGAUUCUUAGUGGACACAUGAACUGUUCUUAUGAAUCAGAUGUUUCUCGAGACCUUCUAAGCCAUGCAUGGAGACAUUGGAAGAAUGGAUCUGCUUUAGAAUUGUUAGAUUCAACUAUCAAGGAUACAUGUUCUAGAGAUGAAGCGAUGAGAUGCAUCCGCAUUGGGUUAUUAUGUGUUCAAGAAAAUGUUGCAGAUAGACCCACAAUGCCAGCAGUCCUCCUAAUGCUCAAUAGCUACUCUGUCAGUCUCAAUUUACCUUCAGCACCUGCACUUUUUGCUGGUAGUACUAGUAGAGGCAUAACCCAAAUCGUCUCUGUACAAACUGAAGAAACAAGUUACCUGAUGAAUCUGCAGCAUGAUCGAUGAAACUUCAACAAAUGAGCUUUAUCCAAGAUGAGGACGAUCCCUUGGUACAUAAUCCUUGCCGUUUUUCCUUUUCUCUGAGUUGGUUGGCACUUGGCAGUAUCUAGAUUCUUUGGUUAGCAAUAACCGAUUUUUUGUACUCGUUUAUUAUAGCAUUGGAGAUCAGAUUCUCAUCGUAAGACCUUUACAAUGAAAUUCAAUUUGCUGAAA